AUGGGAUUAAUUCGAAACUAUUUCUCCUUCCUCGUCGGCACGGCGUGUGGGGUUUACAUCGCCCAAAACUACGAAGUUCCUAACAUCAAGAAGGUCGUCCACUCCGCCCUCUUCACCGCCAAAGUCGUCGAGGAGAAGUACCGGAAGCCCAAGAGUGAUAAAGAUGACGUUUAA